UAUAUCACUUCACAUCACAUGACAUCACUGUUGACCUGUGUUGGCCAAAGGGCUACCACAUACCACGUUCCUUGUACCCUGUGUGGGGCAAAGGGGGAACGAUGUUUCUCAGUAGCACAUUGAAAUGGGCUGAUUUUGAGCCCACAACCUCCAAUGUUGAAGCCAAGUAAAGGUUGAGGUGAUGUUUUAGGAUGUGUUGUAUGGAAAUAAGAUGAAUAGGCAAUGGGAUAAAUACUAACAUGUCAUCCUUCUGUCUCUGAUUAUAAAAUAAAAAUGGCUUGGCUGUAAGACAAAGCCAGCAAUGGAUUUCAAAUCAGUUUGCACACCGUUAACUUGUGUAUUUUACUGGUUAACUGAAAAAGAUAUAAAGGAGUGUCAGCCUGUAUGAAUCAGACGGACAGACGGAGAGGCAGACAGACUCACUAGUCCAUUUUCAAGGAUUAACUUAUCCUCAUGUCGUCAUUCUGAACAAAUCCCCACAGGGGUGAUUAUCGUAAUGGCUUUCUUUUCUUGGUACAUUGGCUUAUUAGUUUCUCGCUUUCUCUUUCAAAAAUGUCUAUCCUUGGGUGUCUCUCCUGGCUGGAACUAUAUGUUUCACCCCAAGGCAUUUCUAAUAGAAAAUACAUAACAGAGGACAAUUGGAGGUAAUGCGUUGCAGGGGGGGCCUUAGCUGUCUGCUGAGUCACACUGUCUGCUUAGAAGUCACAGACUACCAACAAUUAGAUUUAUUUGCACUAAGCAAUGGAGCUUAAAAUGACUGUGAUAUCCUAAUUAGGAAGUAGGCGUCGGCAAAUUGUGUUUGUUAAACAGGUGUUACCCGCUGGAUGCUCAAUACGUCUGGGCCAUCGUGAAGGAUGAUGAUGGAGAGAAUAGCACGGAGGGGGAGGGUAGGAGGAGGAGGAGGAGGAGCGAAUCAGACGUCAUUCAGCAGCUAGGAUGCUGUGGAACAGGAGUGACGGCAGGGAAUCCCUGUGCAUCGCCCCCCGCCCCACACACACACGCACAGUACCUACAGAAUGACGUGAAGAUGAAUCAUGCACCGCUAUCUGUGCUCCCAUUGGCUGGGGUGAGUUGAAUCCGGGAUCUACAUCCUGACCUGCCAGUAUGGGCGGUUGUGAUUGGUCGAAGCAAGGCUGCAGUGAGGAUGCAGUUUUCCCUGGGCUAUUUUUUGCUGCAUUACUCCGGCAUGUGAUAGACCCAUUCUGCCGUCUGAUUCCAGAACUACAGUAUAUGAUCCUUAUUUAUUAUUAUUAUGGAGAUGCAUUCUAGGUUUGCAUUUGCGUAACUCUCUCAAUUAAAGUCUCUCUGGAAUACUUGCCUGCUCAGACCAUCAGGGACAUCUGUGGUCCCUCUUCAGUGUGAGACAGGACAAGAGAGGCUGAGGAGCUGACUCGCUCUCCUGAGACAGACGCUCAGGGAGAAGUGGCAUUGUUUCUGCCGCCCUCUCUCUCUCUCUCGGUUGUCCUCGGCUGACUAUUUAUUCACAGUGCUUUCUGAGUUCAUAACGACGGGCCAGUUAUUGCUAACGCUACGGUGGGCUGUGGUCUGGAGAUGCUGCAGGGCAUCAUGGACUUUCUGUGGCGGAGAUUCUUUGGUAGGACAGACUGUGACACUGAUGGAAGUGAGUUCCCUGAAGACGGAAAGGCUGAGGCCACUGGAAACCACAGGCAGGAAACUGGUAGUCCCCAAGAGGAAACCACAGACUCUUUAAGUAAUGAAGAGGCGAAGGUUCCUUUAAAGAGGGCCACAGUUUUAAUUAUGGUGGCCGCCCCUUUGGACUUCAAACAGAAAAUAUUGAAAGCAGGAGAUAAGGACCUGGACGGACAGUUGGACUUUGGGGAGUUUGUGCACUAUCUCAGGGACCAUGAGAAGAAGCUCCGAUUGGUUUUCAAAAGCCUCGACAAGAAGAAUGAUGGUCGCAUCGACUCACAGGAGAUCAUGCAGUCCCUUCGUGACCUUGGAGUGAACAUCUCGGAGCAACAGGCAGAGAAGAUCCUCAAAAGAAUAAGGAAGGGUCAUGUCUGUGCUCCUAUCAUGUACAUGGAUAAGAACGGCACGAUGACCAUCGACUGGAACGAGUGGCGGGACUACCACCUCCUACACCCCGCAGACAACAUCCCUGAGAUCAUCCUCUACUGGAAGCACUCCACGAUUUUCGAUGUUGGGGAGAGUUUGUUGGUACCUGACGAGUUCACUGCGGAGGAGAAGCAAACAGGAAUGUGGUGGCGCCACCUAGUGGCCGGGGGUGGAGCAGGCGCAGUCUCCAGGACCUGCACUGCCCCACUUGAUCGUCUCAAAGUCCUCAUGCAGGUGCACUCCUCCAAAAGCAACAGCAUGCGCAUCGCCGGGGGCUUCACCAACAUGGUCCGGGAGGGCGGGGUCCGGUCUCUCUGGCGAGGGAACGGCAUCAACGUCAUCAAGAUCGUUCCAGAGACCGCCAUCAAGUUCAUGGCUUAUGAGCAGAUCAAGCGUUUGAUCGGGAGUAACCAGGAGACGUUGGGCAUCGCUGAGAGGCUGGUGGCUGGGUCUCUGGCUGGAGCCAUCUCUCAGAGCACCAUCUACCCCAUGGAGGUGCUGAAGACCCGGCUGGCUCUGAGGAAGACGGGGCAGUACCAGGGCAUAGGGGACUGUGCCAAGCGCAUUUUCCGCAACGAAGGCAUGAGUGCGUUCUACAAGGGCUACGUCCCCAACAUGCUGGGCAUCAUCCCCUACGCCGGCAUCGACCUGGCGGUCUAUGAGACCCUGAAGAACUGGUGGCUGCAGAGCUACGCCACGGACAGCGCCGACCCCGGGGUGUUUGUGCUGCUGGCGUGCUGCACCACCUCCAGCACCUGCGGGCAGCUGGCCAGCUACCCGCUGGCCCUGGUACGGACCCGCAUGCAGGCCCAAGCUACCAUGGCAGGAGGCCCUCAGAUGACCAUGUGCGGCCUGUUCAGACACAUCCUGAGGACGGAGGGCCCCCUGGGACUCUACCGGGGCCUGGCCCCCAACUUCAUGAAGGUCAUCCCUGCAGUGAGCAUCAGCUACGUGGUCUACGAACACCUCAAGAUGUACCUGGGCGUCCGGUCCCGGUGAGGAGGAGGAGGAGGAGGAGGAGGAGG